AUGAGGAUCAGCUUAUCCGGGGAGGAAGGGGAUAUACUUCCCGAGAAGCCUACUUUGAGCGAUGUAAUUGCACAGCACUUUGAUCAUGAGGACCAUUUCGGUGUGUGUCUGCAGUGUGGAGGCAAGAAGACAGCCAAAGACCAAAUUGGAAGUUUCCCUGAGCUUCUCUUGGUCCAGCUCAACCGCACCAGUCAGCUAGGAAAGAAGAUCAACACCCACGUUUAUUUGAGCGAACGGUUAAGUAUCGAGACACGGUUCAUGGAUGAACGCUGGGGCAAUGAACGAAAAGUUGUCCAGUACAAAUUGACCUCGGUGGUCUUGCAUCACGGCCAGGAUGUGACACGAGGUCAUUACAGUAUCGGCGUUAAGGGUAAAGGAGAUGAAUGGACCAACGCGAAUGACACUGAAAUCUCGGACUGGGAUCCUGAAGGGCCCGGAGGCAACCCGAAUCAUCUCGCCACCGGUUAUCUUUUUACAUACCGCCGGCUACCCACGGAUGACCCAGUACAGACACUCCCCGAGGCACCGACAGCCGAGGGAGAUAGAGGGACCCCUAGCCCCUAUGCUAUGGAAAUCGACCCGAAUACACCGUCGGACGACGGGGGUAGGUUCGUGGAUUUUGAUUCUGGGCCAGUGUUACCCGCGGUGCCUGAGGACUCUGUCCCCAAAUCAGGCUCUAACGCCUGGGGAAACGAUCCCAAGGCAUUGGGGAAUUUACUGGACGUGAUGGUUCCCAAGAUUGUCGAUAGCUAUAUAGCUCGCUCCGCGGAUGCGAGGCGCAAGGAGUGGGAGAAAUGGGCGAACGAAUGGGAGAAGAAGAGGGAAACAGUCAAAGCAGAGACUUUGACUUCUGCCAUAGGUUCUCCCAUUGGUUCUGAUGUGGGUACCGGUUCCAGUGAGGAUAUAGUCGACUGGACUAAGCAACGAGGACGACUCGAGAUAACUUUGACUGGAGAUGCGGGGAAAGGGGCAAAGGUGUUGGAUCUUGAAGUUCAAGGUAUGCACUACAAUCGACUCAAGAGGAAGAAAGGAAGAAGGAUAGAAGAAGAAGCCUCGGAAAAAGAUUCGACCUUUAGCAAAUUUAAGAGAAAGGUGCAAGGCAAAGCGAAGGAAUUUGAGAAUGGAAAGGGGAAGAGGAAGGGGAAGAAGUAG